AUGAAAGACGACAUGGAGUCUCUUACCGGGCAGGCAGAGCUAUUACAACACAUGCUGGCCUACGCCGACUCCAUGUCCCUCAAAGCCGCCGUCGACCUCCGCCUCCCCGACAUCACGCACUCCCACGGCGGCUCCGCCACUCUGUCCCAACUACUCUCCGCCAUCGACCAAUCAUCAUCAUCUUCCCCAGCCGACGCCUCCACCCUCGUCCGCAUCAUGCGCCUCCUCGUCCGCAAAAACAUCUUCACGUCAUCCGACCACCAGGAGCCGCGCUACGGCCUGACACGUGUCUCCAAGUGGUUGGUGCGUGGAUCCUCGGACGAGGAGCUGAACAGCCUGGCCCCGGUUCUGCUGUACGACAACCACCCUCUGUCCGUGACACCGUGGCGGGCGGGAUCGGGGAGAACGUAG